AUGUGGAUGAUUCCAAGGCAGAACCAAAGCUGGGUUUCUGAGUUUAUCCUGCUUGGCUUCUCCAGAGACCCCACAACCAACAGCUUCCUCUUCACUGUGUUCUUUCUCAUCUACCUGAGCUCAGUCAUGGGCAAUGGGCUCAUCAUCAUUCUCGUCUGCAUAGACACACAGCUGCACACACCCAUGCACUUUUUCCUCUGCAUCCUACCCCUGUUAUAUAUGGACUAUGUCACAACCACAAUGCCCCAGAUGUUGGUGCAUCUUCUUGCUAAAUCCCAGAGAAUCUCCUUUUCUGACUGCUGGCUUCAAAUGUAUGUAUUUGGUGCAUUGGCCUUCACUGAGUGUAUCCUCUUUGUCGUUAUGGCUUAUGACAGGUAUGUGGCCAAUUGCUUCUCACUUCAUUAUACAGUCAUCCUUAAAUGGACACUGUGCCUAUGGUUGGCAGCUGAGUCCUGGGUCUGUGAUUUCCCCUCUGCUUUGUUACAUACUUUCUUCACCAUGAGUCUGCCAUAUUGUGGGCCCAACAAGGUCAACCACUACUUUUGUGAAGGCCCUGCAGUGCGUAGCCUGGCUUGCAUGGAUACCCACCUCAUUGAAAUGGUUGACAUUGUCUUGAGUGUUUUUGUCAUUCUUACUCCAAUUUCUCUCAUAGUGGCCUCCUAUGUUCACAUUGACAAGGCAAUUCUGAAGAUCAAGUCCACCCAGGCCUGCCGUAAGGCUUUCUCUACCUGUGCCUCACACUUGAUUGUGGUCUCAUUCUUCUAUGGUCCUGGCACUUACAUCUACAUGAGGCCCAACUCCAGAUACUCCCCUUCACUUUUUUACAAUGUCUUCACAACCUUGCUCAACCCUGUGGUCUACAGUCUGCGGAACAAAGACAACAAGAGGGCAUUUCUCAAGGUCAUAUGGUAUGGUAGGCUGGACUGCUGA